UCUGAGUCAUAUCAACGCUUGAACAGAACAUACUAUUAGAGUGUAAAAACAAGAGGAGGAAUAAUAACAAAACAUAUCGAAAUGUUCAAGAAGCUGUGAAAAGUUGCUGUGUAACCUCCUUCUAUUCAGUCGGGUCUGGGAUUACAGUGCAAAGAUGGCAGGAAGUGACGUUCGGGACAUCCUGGAUAUUGAUAAUGCUCCAGAGCAAGCCUUUAUCACCAAGGAUGCCCUCAUGAACAAGAAUCAGAAAAAGGUAACAAGGAAGUCCAUGGAUGUCUCCUUCAAGCGUCCAGAGGGAAUGCAUCGGGAGGUGUGGGGCCUCCUGUGGACAGAUAACAAAGAUUCCCCACCAAUCAUCCCAACGGACACCAACCAAGGCUACAAACAGAUGAAGGCAAAGAUCGGGAGCAGUAAGGUGCGGCCCUGGAAAUGGAUGCCAUUCUCUAACCCAGCCAGAAAGGAUGGUGCAAUAUUUUACCACUGGAGGCGAGAAGCUGACGAAGGCAAGGAUUACCCAUUUGCCAGAUUCAACAAGGCUGUUGAUGUUCCUGUGUACUCUGAUCUGGAGUAUCAACAGCACCUUCAUGAUGAGAGCUGGACACGCCAGGAAACUGACCACCUGUUUGACCUUUGUAAAAGAUUUGAUCUUAGAUUUUUGAUUAUACAUGACCGAUGGGAUAGAGAGAAGUUCCUUAAUAGAAGUGUAGAGGACCUGAAGGAAAGAUAUUACAGCAUCUGUAACAAUCUCACCAAGGUAUAUAUUAUCUCACACAUGUACACACAAAACAAUCUCUCAAAGUACAUAAUAUCACACACAUGUACACACAAAACAAUCUCACAAAGAAAACAAACGGUUUGUAAUUGACAGGUUGAAGAAGAGGAGCAUUUGAUUGCCGAGCUGAAGAAGAUAGAACUGAGAAAGAAGGAGAGAGAGAAGAAAACACAAGACUUACAGAAGUUGAUCACAGCUGCAGACAGCAACAUUGACAGUCGAAGGGCAGAGAAAAAACAUAACAAGAAAAAAGUCCACCAGCAACAGAAACUCAAAGAGGGACUGCCAACUGUGGAACCAUCUGGUAUCAAGUUUGCCGAUUUCAAGGCAUCAGGCGUGUCACUUAGAAGUCAGAGAAUGAAACUGCCUGCCUCAAUAGGUCAGAAGAAGACAAAGGCUAUUGAGCAAGUUUUAGAGGAAUUAGGAAUAGAGUACAACCCUAUGCCGACUGAAGACAUUGUGACACAUUUCAAUGAACUGCGACAGGAUAUUGUUCUAUUGUAUGAGCUCAAGUUGGCCCUAGCUACCUGUGAUUAUGAGGUGGAAUCUUUGCGGCACAGAUUUGAAACUCUAGCACCAGGCAAGACUGUAGAACCAGACCUGAUCAAGCCGGACACAAGUACAGCCAAUCUGGAAAUAUCUUCAACUUUUUUUAACCCUGUUCUCCUCACACCCGACUCGCCCUCCAGACAGAAAAAGUUGGCUGAGGCCAUUGAUGUUGUUGGAACACCAGGAACACCAAAUCGGAAGAGAAAGGCUGCGAUUGAGCAGAGUAAUAUCCUGAAGAAGAUUAAACACUAAGUGUGGAUGAGGCAGGUGAUAUUACACCAAAUUCUACAAUUUCUGCUCAUGAGUCUUGCUUGUCUGCAUUUGCUCAUAUUACUGGAGUUGUUUUCCCUGACAUCCACCAGGACCUGUGUCAUGUUCAAUAAAAGAGUAGGAGGAAGACAAGUCGUUUAUUCCCUGUGGAACUCCAGUACAGACAUCUUGUUGAUAGUGAGAACACUAACCUCUUAUUUUGAUAUUAAAAACAUGAAGAGGUGAUUGUCCUACAGUGAAUUCCUUUACCAGCUGAUAAUACGUGUACAAACUAUAUGUAUACUUUGUACAGAACAACUUAACAAGCGUUAUAGAGGUAGAGCUGCUUGUCUGAUGAACUUCAAAGGAAGGCUUGUGACAAGGACUGUCUUAGUGUGUACAAUUUUAAGUUCUGCUGGACUCCUCAAAAUUUGUGUGAUCAUUCAUCAGAUCAAUAGCAAGGCCUUUUAGACCUCUACGUACCAGUUGAGUAGGCCUUUUAGACCACUAUGUACCGAUUGAGUAGGCCUUUUAGACCACUACAUAC